GGUCAUAUUUGAGUAUUCUCUGUGCAGUAUUUACAUUACACAGGACAUUCAGUCAUAUAGUACACUGUUCAGAGUGGAAGUUCAGCGCGUGAGAUGCGUAGUGCAAUUAUUGCGUAACGUAGACAUGUCGUUCCAGCAAAUAAAUCCUCGACAAGAUCUUGCAAGCAGGAAGAUACUUGAAGAAAUUCAGUUAAAGAAACAGAUGCUCUUGAAGCAAGGUGUGGCGCCUACUCUUAACUCCUCUUCAAUCAGUGCUCUACCUGUCGGAGUAACAAAUCCAUCGUCGAUGUCAGCUGAAGCCCAUAUGCUUUCUCCAUCACAGAGAGUUGCUAUGCAGCAAGCCAAUUCCAUGUCAUUUGGUUUCUUUAUUACUCAGGAUUCACUAUUUGGGAACCUUAUACUACCAGUGCUUCCUCGCUUUCACAAGUAGAUAAACUAUUGUAAAAUGGCGUGCUUGAAAUUAAAAGAACUUGAAUCUUGGCUUCAAGAUAUUGACAUUUUUGAAAAGCCAAAGGUGUGGCUAGAGCAAUAUGCGACCUCUCCACACAUCGGUAGCCGUAUGCUAUAUACAAUGCAGUCUU